GGAUUCCUGAGCCCCUUCUUUUUCGACGGGGAGCAAUCGGCUAACCUGCCAGCGGGGCCUUGAACAUGGCGGGAACGCCUCGCUAGCCCCCUUAGGCCCUACUACUGGUUGUUGAACAGUACAACAUUGUAACGCCAGGCGCGUUGCCUGGAGUCCACGCCUGAGGCCUUCCUCCCUACCCCCCAGGGCAGUCACAGCCUGACCACGAUUCCAUUCCAAUUUUCCUCCACAUCAACCCUGCCCAUUCCCAAGUAUUAUUGCUGGAUCUGUGUCGUAUCCAGAAUCAUGGCUUUCUAGAUUAUGGCAUCCCCGAACUGAAGCAGGACAAUAUGAGUGAACUCAGCGAAAUCGAAGUCAGCGAGUUCAGCGAACCCACCGAAGUCAGCGGAGUCAACAUUCCUCAGAGCGGGAGGAAGCCGGUCAAGCGGGCGUGCACAAAUUGUCGACAACAAAAGGCUCGGUGCGACGUAUGGCUUGAUCCAAAUGGGGUGUGCUCAAGAUGCCGCAAGUUGCACAAACGAUGCGUCGUUUCGGAGCCCUUUAGAAGAGAAACCAAACGCAAAAGAACUUCUGAGCCUGAGCUCUCGAUAGACGGAUCGCGGCGAUCAUCAAGCCAGCCUGCGCGUCCACCUCUGCCUGAACACUCCUGGACGGCCGUUAACAACAAUCAACCUUCCGAAUCCGACAGCAGGCUGGCGUCGGUAGCACCUUUCUUCAGAGAUGCCACCAUCGCCCCGGUCUCAUUCCGGUCCUUCUCCCAGGCCCUGGAAUCGGUGCAAACCCCAGCGAGCUUGCCACGCGAACAACAGGCGCCGGCUCCGCUACCAUUGGCUCCGUCUACGCUCCCCCGAAGCCUGGAAGGCUACACGAUAGACUCAAAGGACAUCGAUGCCAUAUUCCAAAUUUACUUCCGGGACUAUGCGGGCUUUAUGCCCAUUCUGGACCCUUCUAUAACACCCAAUGCAUACUAUGGCCUCUCGCGCCUCUUAUUCUGGGCCAUCAUCGGCGUGGGUUGUCGCACAUACUACCGGAAUCCUACCCUGCUUGGAGUACUUCCUGCAAAGAUCAAGACCCUGGCGCUACUCACGAUGGACUCCAACGUGACCCUACCCAACUUGCAGGCCUAUCUGCUAAUCCUGUGUUGGCCUUUUCCGAAGACGACUAAUUCACCAGAUUUCACAUUUCCCUUCAGCGCCGCCGUUCUGCACAUGGCAAUGGCGAUGGGCCUGCAUUUGCCUGUUGCAAGUCAGGAGUUCAGCAAGGUGCGCAUCCGACUAAGUGAGGAUGAGAGUAAGAAACGCGCCGAGACAUGGGGCUACUGUAUGCUCGUAUAUCAGCGUUCUUGCCAUUGCAAAGGUAGUCCGGCUACUCCAAUUGUAGACAUUCCACACGAUCUCGAGCAGAGGCGUACCCUGUUCCAACAAAUGUCUGCAAUGCUGAAGUUCGAGCUAAAGUUGCAGGACGUAAUCACAAGAUGCUGCAUUGCAUUGUCACAGAAUGGCCUGCGUGUCAUGACCCCAGAUCAAGAAAGGUCCUUGGACACAUUGCUCAACCUGUUCCAGGCUCAAGCUGCCAGUGUUGUUUUGGAAUAUGCAACAGCUCUUGAGCAUCUUUACGUCCAAAUAGCAACAUUGACGAUCCAAUCGUUCAAUCUCUACAAGUCUCCGAAAUCCCAGGAUCCUACAUCGUUGUAUGAUCUUUGUGCCUCAUCAUGUCAAGUGAUUGAGUCAUUCGAUAGUCUCGACAAAGCCGGCAAAAUCUCGUUGGCUGCUUCCACCGUCUAUUUCUACUACAGCAUUAUGGUCCCCUGCCAUAUCCUUCUUCGGUUGUUGAAGACUUCAUUCUCACGAUACAUCAACGUGGAGAGGGCCAAGUCUGCAUUGUUUCUCGGCAUCGGACUCCACAAGCGCAUGUCUAUACAGAAUGACGACCUUCCUGCCCGGAACGGCGUGGCCUUGACCCAGUUGUGGAACAGCAACAGGGCUUUCCGGAAUGCCAACGGCACGGAAGCUGUCGCGUUGCGCAUUCGCAGCCGGCUGUGCGGGAGUAUCCUUCUUGACGGCAUUGUAUGGUGGAGAGAGGAGUUUGGUGGGUUUAUGGGAGUCUAUCCGCCUCCGCUCACAGAACAGGAAGGUACCUCUGCCAGCGCGACGGAGACGCUCCACGACAAUAUGGUGCCCCCUACCACCAGCAAGCUAGACUACUCCAGUUUCCUCGAUGAUCCCAUGCUUGCCGAAUUCGGCCUCGCCAUUAGCGACGACAUCUUUUCGACAAUGUGGACCGACAACGAUGGCAAUGCCGAGACGGUAUGAAUCUGAUACAGCAACUUACAGUAACUAUCGUUACAGGAUGUACGACUACAGGAGUUGAGCUUGAUGCGGGUUACCAGGGUUAUUCGUUCAAAAGCGUUUGGCGGGGGAGACCGGUUUCCGGAUGGUAAUCGAUAUAAGCUUCUAGUAAGCGUGCAGAGCCGGCCUCUGUUUUUGCAGGUGUUUCUUUGUCUCAAUAUUAGACGACAAAAGGGAAAACGAAAACUCCCAUUAAACUUACCAUUUAUUCUCGAAUAUCCCAAUCCAGACUCCCCAUCCAAUCAACUUCCCCUUUAUUUGUUGCAAUAGCUCCUCCCUUGUCGCAAC